GGACCGGAAUAAAACACAUUUCGCUUUUCAACUUCAGUUUUCAGUCAGUUUUCGCUUGUCAUCGUCUUCGGCUUUUCAUUUCAGACAUAACAAAUAUAUUUAUGAAUUAAUAGCAAUCUUACCAAUAAUUAUAGAGCACGAUGGCUCUAUUUAAUCGAAAAGUGUAUAUAUGUGGAUUGCUGGUGUUAUUUGGCAGCGCGAUCGUAAGAUCUGAGGCCGACAGUGAUGAUGAAGGUGUAACGGUUGAGCUAUCUAACUAUGGCAAUCAGAUAAGAACCGUUGAAGAAACCGAACAAUACCACAGUCCAAAUAUAAACUCAAAGAAUGUAUAUUUAUCUGAACACUUUGAUGAUGAGGUUGCAUUCAAGAAAAAGUGGAUCAAAUCAGAAGCUAAGAAACUAGGGGUCGAUGAGAACAUUGCAAAGUAUGAUGGGAAGUGGGAGAUUCAAGCACCCUCAAGACGUAUCCUGAAAGAUGAUCUGGGAUUAGUUUUGACUACGGAAGCGAAGCAUGCUGCCAUCUCUGCUCUGUUGGACAAACCUUUUGAAUUCAAAGAUAAACCUCUGAUUGUACAGUAUGAAGUUACAAUGCAGGAGGGUCAAAACUGUGGGGGUGCGUACAUAAAGUUACUCUCCCGUGGCACCAACACCAAAGCCGACCUACGGAAGUUCCACGACCAGACGCCCUACACUAUCAUGUUUGGUCCAGACAAGUGCGGCAACGAUAACAAAUUGCACUUCAUCUUCAGACACCAGAAUCCGAAGAAUGGCACCAUUGAGGAAAAGCACAGCAAGAAACCUAGUCAACGUCUGGAUGACAUCUACAAGGACAAGGAGCCUCAUCUGUACACGUUGAUAGUGCGUCCAGAUAAUACGUACAGUGUGCUCGUGGACGAGAAGGAGGUGAACGCGGGCUCCCUGCUAGAGGACUUCACCCCCCCUGUCAACCCCCCAGAGGAGAUCGACGACCCAAAUGACACCAAGCCUCAAGACUGGGACGAGAGGGAGAAGAUCGUAGAUCCGAGCGCGACGAAGCCCGAGGAUUGGGAUGAGGAGGCGCCAGCGCAGAUCGUGGACCCGAAUGCUGUAAAACCUGACGGUUGGCUGGACGACGCUCCCGAGAUGAUACCUGAUCCGGAAGCAAAGAAGCCUUCAGAUUGGGAUGAGGAGAUGGACGGAGAGUGGGAGGCACCGCUGGUGGACAACCCCGCCUGCGCCGCCGCCCCCGGCUGCGGACCCUGGAGCCCCCCACUCAUACCCAACCCCAACUAUAAGGGUGUGUGGCGCGCACCCCUCAUCCCCAACCCCAACUAUCGCGGUAAAUGGAGCCCCCGCCGCAUCCCCAACCCCCACUACUUCUACGACGAAAAUCCCUUCAAGAUGACGCCCAUUCAUGCGGUUGGUUUCGAACUGUGGUCCAUGUCUCCGAUGCUGCUCUUCGACAACUUGAUCAUCAGCGAUGAUAUGGAAGCUGUGACAGAUUGGACUCAGCAGACUUACUCUCUCAAACGUGCUAAGAUCUCCAGUGAAUCUGAGAGUAUGAUGGAGCGGGGACUGCGGUGGGCGGGCGAGAGGCCCUGGUUCUCUGCGGCCGCGGCGCUCCUCGCCUUCGCGGUGCUCGCCGCACUCUGCUACCUCUGCUGCGGACCUUCAGCCACAUCUGAGCCAGACGUAGAGUACAAGAAGACUGACGCGAUGAUGGAGGACGACCCGCACGAGGCGGAGGGCGAGGGCGAGGCGCGGGCAGAGGCUGCGGCCGCGCCCCGGGGCAAGGCGGACCUUGAGGGACCCGCCACGCCCCCCGCCACGCCCCCAGCCACGCCCCCACACUCCGACCACGAGACUGACCAGCCAGAGAAGGCUGGCGUGGACACGGAGGGCGCGGGCGACGGUCACAGGAAGCGCAAACCGCGCAAGGAGUAAUCCUAAAACAUUUAUAUCCUAAUUUAUUGAGUACCAACUGAUUGGGUACAAAUUCAUGUUUC